AUGUCAAAUAAAAAGCAAAAGAAACGAGCAAAGAAAAUAUCUCGUAAAUCAAUUCAUUACAUUCAACUCCGAACUCAUCGACAAUGGCCCAAUCAAUUGAAUUAUAUGUCUCAUUUAGAAGUAUAUAAUUCGAAAAUAAAACCGAUUAUAUAUAAUAUUGAUCGUCUUUUAAAUAACAAAUGGAUUCAUAUUCGACAACCACAAGUAAUUCAUCAAUUGAAUGAAAGUCAUCAACAAGAAAUUAAAAAUUAUUUUUUACAUAAAAUAAAUUUAAUUGAUUAUAAAUAUUUUUGUUUAAAUAAUCAAUUUGAUGAAAAUAAUAAAUUUAUACGAGAAAUUUUUCUUAGUUCAAUUGAAAUAACUGAUCAUCUAUUAUAUUUAUAUACAGAAAUAGGAAAUGGUGAACGUCAUAUUUAUGAAUAUCGUUUAAAUAUAUUAAAAUAUGAAUUUGAACAAGAACGAGAAUCUUUAAAACAUUUAUUUAUUGAUCAACAUUUUUAUGAACUUGAUAAUCAAAUAAAUAUUUUAAAUGUUAUUGAACAAGAAGAUGCUCUUAAACAACUUAUUCAAUUUAAAUUUGAUAAACAACAAUUAAAAGAAAAAUUUGUUAAAGAUAUCACUAUGUUACAUGUCAAUUUUAAAACACAAAUUGCUUUCUUAAGAUCAACUAUAAAUAAAGUUAGUGUAAAUGAGAUGCUUUUGUUUAUUCAAGUUUAUCUAAAGAAUUAAUUUAUAUUGACAAACAAAUUUGUUAUCUAAUAAAAUGUACUGAAUUCAUGGUACCCAACUACUAGUAUGUCACAGGAAUCUUUAGAUACUUCAGUGUCUUAGGGUAUUUUACGGCUUUUUAGUACUUGACUACGAAAUGCUACUAAAUGUUCAAUGUACUAACUUGUUGAAAAACUUUUCAUAGAAUGUUAUAGAAACUGGGCAGGUAUCUGGAAAGUAUCCGUGUAUUGAGACAAUUCUCAACAGAGUAUCCAAUCAAGAUCGUGCGACAUACUGGUAGUAGAAUAUCCGAAAAGGUAUCCUGCUGAUAACAGACUCAAUGCACAAGUAUCUUGAACUUAGUGCAUUCACUAGGGCUCUCGUGCAUUGUACAAAUCCAAGUAAAUAAUAGAAAUCAAAGAAAAUAAGAUAUUAAACGAAUUGCAAAUUAAAGAAAAUGAUCUCGAACAUUUCUAUUCGAAAUUGGAAUGAAUGGGAUUUCAAUUCGAGAAUUACAAUCAAUUAUUAGCUCUAAUUGAUAAAAGAUAUUUACAAAGGAAAGCAAUUUAUGGCAAUUAGCCCUUCUCAUACUGACGAGAUUUCAAUGUCUGAAGAAGAGCUGACGUUGAAAAAUAUUCAGAAAUUAACAAUUACUGUUUUUCUCGUCAGAAUCUUCUACUAAAUAAAAAAAGAACUGUUUUCAAUCAAUUUUAUACAAGACUUAAUAUUAUUCUCAUGAGCAAGCAAGUCGAAGCGAACAACUAUUUGAAACCAAAAUUGGAUUUUAUUGGCUUAAUUUUUCAUGAAAGUUUUUUAAUUAACUAUUGGAUCAUUUUUUUAAAUGUUCAAUUCAUGUAAUAGUUUACAAAUCACAUACCUAAACUUGUCUAUAUACAGUGACUUCCAAAAUUAUUCGACUAGUUUUAUUUUCAAUUUCUUUUCGCUGUCAUGUAAACUCUAAACAAAAGUCCAAAUAGUGGUUUGAGUAGAGAAUUUUACUUCUAGCAACAGUUUUCGAAGAUGAAAAUAAUUGCUAAUGUUCAAAGGACAGAGUCCCUCUAAAACCAAAAAGUAAGUUUUUCAGCUCCUAGGAUUCUGUUUGAAUUAAUUAGAUUGAUAGUAUGUUAAAUUCUCUACAAAAUGUAACGUCUUUCAGCUCUCUAUAACGUAUUUUUGGUCGAGAUACAUCAAUCUUACACAAGGCACAAACAUGAUGCUUUCUUAUGAAAUAGUAAGAAAAAAUUGACUUUUGUGUCUUCCGUAAGGUUGAUAUAUUUCGACCAAAGAACACUGUAGAGAUCUAGAAGAUGUUUCAUUUUGAGUAACUCAAACAGAAUUCUAGGAGUUGAAAAAUUUGGUUUUGAAUUUUUCAGAGACUCUAUCCUUUGAAAACUAACAAUCAUUUUCAAAAAUGUUUUUUUGAAAUAAAAUCUUAGUGUUUAUUGCAGUAGAAAUAAAGAUUGAAAAUAAACAUGAUCAAAUCAUGUUAGCAGUCACUAUUUGUUUUUUUAAAAUAUAGAUCAAUUAUUUAUUUAUAAAACAUCAAUAGGUGAGAAGACUAUCUUUUGAUUGAAUACGCAGUUUUUUUUUUGAAUAGUUCUACCUUUAAAAAUAAUUUACUAAAAUUACUCAAUAUAAAUUCUAAUCUCAGAUAUUGUCUUUUAUGCAAAGAUAAUCCGUUCAAAUGAACAACAAAUGAAUAUAACAUCUAAACAUUGUCACUACCUACACGAAAAAACACGUGAAGCAAAAGAACGUAUUAAUCAAGAAAUAAAAUCAACUUAUAUUUUA